AUGGUGGUGGCUAAAGAAGACAACACACAACAACCUCGUAAAGUUGAGCCAGACGAAGUGUCAGGCCUUUUGACAAACGAUAAUAUCAUUCAACAGUCUAAAUCAACUUAUGAUGAAAAAAAAAAAGAUGACGAUGAGCCUGUUGAAGUGGAUGAGUUUGGUCGCAUGUUGCGCCGUAAUGGGCGUCAGCGAAAUGAUUUAGAUAAUAGUGAUCACAGUGACUAUGAACGUCACAGAUCCGAACAUCGAAGAUACAGUAGUAGCCGUUCUUCACGCUAUGUACCAAGACGUUCAAGUUAUUACAAACAUUCAGAUAGCGACCGAGAUGACUACUAUCGCAGUGAUGACGAUAGGCAAAGAGAUCGAAAACGUGCUAGAACGUGGUCACGUAGAUCAUCAGAUAGUGAAGACGAUAAUGAUCGAAGGCCUAGUGGUAGAAGGCGUUCUCAUUCUCGAGACAGAAGCAUUGGCCCUGAGGGGAGGAAAUGGACACAAUCUGGACAAGAAGAUCCAUUUUCGACAGCAAGUAGAUAUAUUGACACUGAAUUCUAUACCAGAAAAAUAUAUGUUGGAGAACUUCGGGGCGUUUCUGAACGUGCACUGCAUAAUGCUUUUGAGCGAUUCGGUGAUAUUGAAAGUAUCGAUAUGUUACCAGAAAAAGGAAUCGCAUUUAUCGAUUUUGACACCGAAGAAAAUGCUAAUGAAGCUCGCCGCAGAAUGAAUAAUACUCUACUCGGUUCAGGUUAUGUACAAGUAAAUAGAGCAAAGCGGCCUGAACGAAAUAAAAAUGGGUUUGGCAAUGUACCCUGGAGUGAUGCAGAUGGUGCUGAGGCCAGACUAAAUGAAACUAAGCCAAUUACUUAUAGCACUUCCUCAAUUUCAGUUCAAACAGUAUUUCCAGCUACAUCUGCGCUACCGCCACAGGCUUUUGAUCCACGAUUACAAGGACACAAACGAAAAAUAAUAGCCUAUGAUGAUCUUUAG